CUUUUCACAGGUGUUUUCUUUUUCUUUUUUUCGCCAGUGUGCUUUUUUCGCGACAUCAUGCGACAGUCCAAACAGGAUCUGGCACAUCGACAUAUCGACUCACGACUCGUUUCAUCGGUCUGCACGACCCUUCUAAAAUUGCUGCAGCGACCAUCUGCUUUCCUGGCCGCAGCUUGUUGUGUCUGCUAGAGCUUUGUAUUCACUGACAUGUAUAAGACAGUUUACAUGUGUUCUCACAACAGUAGACACCAUAUUGUGCGAACAGUGAGAGUGAAAGAUAAGAUCAAUAUGUGGCGCGUCGUUUUUCUCACCCUGUUUCUCUUCAAGCCUUACAGCGCAGAUCGACCUUAUGAUUCAGAUGAUGCCGUUCCCGUUGAAGGAAAUUGGACCGAGCUGCACAAGUUGAGGCCCAUCCAGGUCUAUUUUGUGGGAGAUACAUCGUUCAAGGGUUAUUCCCUUGAAGACAUUCGCCUCUACGGAGAUUCCAUGCUUCUUUACAAUAUUGGUUUGAAAGUCCCAGCUCCCAAGGCAAAAGCAGUCGGCGCUGCUGUGCUUUCAGAAGCUCAAGAGCAGAAGUACCUGCCCACCAGAGAAGGGCUGCUCGCUGGCACGAUCUCACAGGAAGUCAUUCCGGGAACAGAUCUCACUGGUUACCUGCAGGAAAAUGAGGCAGCAUUUUAUGCGGAUCUUGUUGUUUUCAUGACCAGAUUUCAUGCCUACGAAUACGCAGGUUGGCAAACAGAAAAUCUCUACCCAAGGCUUUGCAGCAAUCAGAAGUUCCACAUCGUGCAUACUGGCCUAUUCGACUACAACUAUUUUGCUGAUGGCUCUCUAUAUGUGGCCGUAACAGACGCCCUCACAUUCGUUGAACCAUUCGACGCUGACUUAGGCAAGGGUCGGAGUGACAGUUCUGGCAAUCGUGACGGAGUAGUCAUUGAAUACGGCGAGGAGGCAUACAGAAGAAUAUUGAAAGGAAACGACGACUACAAAUGCUACUACUCGUCUGACACUUGGUCACCACCCCCGGUUUUCGACAUUAUAAAAGAACGGUUCACCUUUUAUGAAUCUCGCCAGGCCUGCUUUCGCCACGGUGGACCCGAAGAACGUAAGUUGCAGAGGGAUUCGUGGGAGGAGACUACUGGACGAGUCCAAAUCCACUGCAAAGAUCGGAAAAAGGUAGACGUGCCAGCAGGAGUAUUCUGUGCUCUUUGGGAGCCGGACGAUGAAGACGGCCUGUGCAAAGGAAGAGACUACCCGACAACCAUGAUCAUGAGCAAGAAUACAGUGGUGAGAACUCACACUGGAACUGGACAGAUCAUGACUAAUUUCGAACUUGUAUCAGAUCUUCCUUUUGUAGCCUAAUAGACGCUGUCUACGAGGUAGCAGUAGUCUCGUCACCGUUUUGUCUUCAUCUCUAGCUUGGCUGCUGUUCUGCAAGGAUGUUUACGAACUGCACCAAAUUUAUCUG